ACCCGGACGCCCCAUCAACCCUCGACAACCUUUGCUGGUCCCGGCAGGGAUGCUGGCCCCGAUGGUCCUGCUGGGCAUCCCCGCGGCAGUGCUGGCGGCGCUGGGCGCGCAGCUGCUGUUCCAGCUGCAGGCCGGCCGCGCCGAGCUGCGGGGGUCGCGCGUUCCCCGGCUGGACCACGAGCUGGGCGCCGGCCCCGGGCUGCCCGAGGACGCGGCCGGGGCGCUGCUGCCUCUAGCCGCUGCGCUGGCCGCGUUGGCCCUCGUGCUGGGCCUCACCUGCCUGGUGCUCGCUGCGCUCUGCGGACACCUGGGCGCCGAGCUGGCGCGGGGACCCGGAGUAAGCAGCCUCAGAUCGGCCGCGUUCCUGUCGGACUGCCGCCCACUCAGGCACACAGCCCUCGGUCUCUUCUGCUCUGGGAUCUCCAUCUACCUGGCAGCGCUGUCCAUCUACGCCCUGCUGCUCUUCGAGAUUGAGACCGGGGCCGCCGCCGCUGCCAUCCUGGGCCUGGGUGUCCUUGUCCUCGCGGCAGCGCUGACGCUUACUCUGCGCCAGGCUGCCCGUGCCUCCCGCCACGGUCCCCAGGAGCUGUCCCCUUCGCUGCCGCCACAUUGUGAAGAUGACACCAUCCACCCCACCGAGCGCUGCAAGGCCGGCCCUCAGGCCCCUCAUCAGCAGGGUACCCACCGCCAGAACCCCUGCUCAUCCUGUCCAGAACCUGGGGACCUCUUCAUACCUGCCACCGUGGGGGGAGGCCAGGACACAGGCCUGCUUGCUCCCCGCUCACACCAGACUCUGCUGGCUGGCAGGGGACCGUGGGAAGGGGUCACCCUUGAGAUGUGCAACAUGCUAGGCCACCGGCCAGGGGGCUCAGGGAAGGACUCCACGCUCGUGUAAGCCCCGUGUCACAGACAGAGGGCUGAU